AGAUGCUGUAACUCAGGCUGUCCAGGGCUGUACCAUGGGCAUAGUUGUGACCAUUAGAAUCUGUUCUGGAAGCUUCUUAGGAGGAAGUGCUCCCAGCUUUGCUCUUCCCUUGUCUACCUCUCAGCCAGAUGAGGCCCUGCUUCUCUGGCCACCGGCCGGCCAGUGUGCCUCUUGUCCUUUACUGGGCACGUCUCAGGUUGCCAUCUUUAGAGCAUCUUUACCUUGAGCUGCAGCCUCUUCCCUCAGGCAGCUGAGGAGUUCAGAGAUGGAAAUUGGAACCAUUCUUUCUCCCCUGAAGUAGCAGGAAUCUUUAUUCAAAACAUAGGAGAAUGCAGAUUUGAACAGAAUGCACCGUCCAGGAAGCAGGUUCUAUGAGUGAAGGCACUCAGAUGACACUUGGGAUUAUAAGUUACCCUGAUCCCUGGGUUAGUGGUCAUGGUUUGAACCAAGGGAUGGUAACCUUUCAGAAAGGGAGCCUGUAGAGAAGUGGGCUUCUUUCUUCCAAAAGCUUAGGCUUCACAGAUCAGCGGUGCUGUCCUCUCCUGUUACCCCAGCUCAAGCAGCUUUGCUGUUAGUUUUUUGAGAUAGGGUUUCACAUGCUAGCCCAAUUUGGCCUGGAAUUCACUAUUUGAUACAACGAUUGCUUCUCUGCCAUUUUAAAAUAGUUAUUUUAGAGCUUCAAAGAGGAAAGGGCGUCUAGUAACUAGGUGACUGUGCCCGAACUGCAGUUAACCCUGUGAAGUGGGUCAGCAGGGUGAGAGAGAUUUCCAGAGGCUGUGCUUAAUUCUCUAGUGAGCGUACUGCCUGGGUUGUGGGUGUCAGGUCAGUGAAUGUGUAGCCAUCUAAAAUCGGUCCCAAGCUUCAUUUGUGGCCAGUGCUUUGGUUGUAUGGAUCUAUCAGCCAUCGACAGAGUUCAGUGCUUGUGAGCCUUGCUCUAGUUUUAACUACAGGAAGUGCCCGGGUUGGGUUAGCUUUGCUGUGACACCUUGAAAGUCCUAACUUGGGCUAGAACUUAGGUCUCUGUUAGGUCACAGGGUGGUAACCACUCCAGGUCCUUGUCCUCCAUUGUGAUUGUAAUAAAGGCAGGCAUGAAGAUAAGCGCUGCCAGCGGCCUGCUCUUCCCCCCUCUGCUCUUCACAGCCCUAGUGUGAAGAAGGGGAAGAGCCAGCUUCAUGAAUGAGCAGUGGGUGGGACACAGAAGGAGAAGGACAGAACUGGCAGGUGGCCUGGUGCCCUUUGGUUCCUUUGGAAUUAACCAACUUGUUAGGAUGAGGAGGCAGGGCUGUAAAAACAAGCCCUCUGUGCCAUGAAGGACCCUGACUUUUUUAGGGGUUAAUCCUUCAGGAGUGAAAGACCAGCCUCCAAAGCAGAUCCUAUAGAGUGCUAAGUCAAGUCCUCCUUCCACCUGGCCAAUGCCCAAGUGAAAGGUGGAGUACAAGAGUUUGGAAGUCCCUUGUCUUCACAUUGCCGGGAUCAACGUCUUGCUCAACUGAGCCACUCACCCAAUGGAGACAGACAGAACUAGUGUCCUUGUGCUGACUCACGUCUGAAUCACAGCACAGGGCAGCCAUCAGACUUGGGUUGUGCAAAGACCCAUCUCCAUCACCAAGCUUGUCCUAAACUCCGGAAUACAUGUGCCCCUCUGAACUUUAGUUACAAGCCCAGGGCUCCUGGAGGUUUGAGUGACGUCUCACAAGUGGCCUUAUUCUAACUCCAGAGGUUCCCCAGCAGACGGCUGGACUGUCCCUUCUAUCUGACCCUGAAGUGGCAGGCAGCAUGCCAACUCAGUCACUCCUCGCGUACAUGGACGGGCCGGAAGUCAUUGGCAGCUCUCUAGGCACCCAGGUGGAGGUGGAUGAUGCUGUGUCCAUCAAAGGGCCAGCUGCAGUCCCCUUCCGAGCUGCGCAGGAGAGGAGCAUGACCCCAGCUGAAGGGCACAUGCCCCUGGACUGCAUGUUCUGCAGCCAAGUCUUCUCCCAUGCAGAAGACCUCAGUCAGCAUGUACUCACGCAGCACCGGCCCAUCGUCUGCGAGCCAGCCGUCCUGCGUGUGGAGGCUGAGUACCUAAGUCCUCUUGACAAAGGUCAGGUGCCGACAGAACCCCCAAAGGAGAAGAACUGCAAAGAGAAGGAAGAGUUGAGCUGCGAUGUGUGUGGGCAGACAUUCCCAGGGGCUUUUGACGUUGAGAGCCACAUGAAGAAACACAAGGACUCCUUCACAUACGGGUGCAGCAUGUGCGGGAGAAGGUUCAAGGAGCCGUGGUUCCUGAAGAACCACAUGCGGACACACAAUGGCAAGUCUGGUACCAGGAGCAAGUCGCAGCAGGGCCUGGAGAGUCCUGUCACCAUCAAUGAAGUGGUUCAGGUACAUGUAGCUGGGAACAUCUCCACCCCCUACAAGAUCUGCAUGGUGUGUGGCUUCAUCUUCCCGAAUAAGCAGAGCCUCAUUGAGCACAGUAAGGUUCAUGCCAAAGAAUCUGCCUCCAGUGCCAGUAGCACAGCCCCUGAUGCCCAGCCAGAGGGGGACCCCACAUCUCUGAGGGACGAGCUGCUGCAGUGUUUGAACUUGAGACCCAGAUCCCACCCGGAGACUGCAGUGAAGCCUGUCGCCUGUAUACCUCAGCUUGACCCGUUCACCACCUACCAGGCGUGGCAGCUGGCCACCAAAGGAAAAGUGGCCGUUGCCCAAGAAGAGGUGAAAGAGUCAGGCCAAGAAGGAAGCACGGACAAUGAAGAUUCGUGUUCAGAGAAAGAGGAACUUGGAGAAAUUUGGAUUGGGGCUAAGUCGGAAGGUUCUGGAAAGUCCAAAACAAAUAGAAGCAGUUGUCCAGGUCUCUCACAAGACAAAGAGAAACCUAGACAUGCCAACAGUGAAGUGCCUUCUGGGGAUGGCGAUCCCAAGUUGCCCAGCAGCAAGGAGAAGCCCACACACUGCUCCGAAUGCAGUAAAGCCUUCAGAACCUACCACCAGCUUGUCCUGCACUCGAGGGUGCACAGGAAGGACAGGAGGGCCGAUGCCCCAUCCCCCACCAUGCCUGUGGAUGGAAGGCAGCCCGGGACUUGCUCCCCAGACCUCGCUGCCACUGUGGAAGAUGGUGGGGCUGUGGACCGAGAAGGGGGCUCUGAAGACGGGUCUGAGGAUGGACUCCCUGAAGGGCUCCAUCUGGAUAAAAAUGAUGAUGGAGGAAAAGCAAAGCCCCUCACGUCCUCGAGAGAGUGUAGUUACUGUGGCAAGUUUUUCCGUUCAAACUAUUACCUCAAUAUUCAUCUCAGAACGCAUACAGGUGAAAAACCGUACAAAUGUGAAUUCUGUGAGUAUGCCGCAGCCCAGAAGACGUCUCUGAGGUACCACUUGGAGAGACAUCACAAGGACAAACAGCUGGCGGACGCUGCGGCCGAGGUUAAAAGCGAAGGUCGGAGCCAGGAGCCGCAGGAAGCACUACUAACUGCCGACAGUGCACAGACCAAAAAUUUAAAGCGAUUUCUUGAUGGUGCCAAAGAUGCUAAGGGCAGCCCACCUGCCAAGCAGCUUAAGGAGACGCCGCCGCCUUCUGUCUUCCCGAGUGUUCUGGGCAGCGUCCUCCUCUCACCAGCACACAACAAGGAUACUCAGGAUUUCCAUAAAAAUGCAGCCGAUAGUGGCGAGAAAGUGCGAAAGAGUCCUGCCCCUGCUUAUCUGGACAUGCCGAAAAAGAGAGCAGCGGGUGAGCCUCAGGCCAGCAUCCCUGCCUGCAAACUAGAGGGGAGUGGGCCCCUGGCCCGGGAAGGUGGCCAUAGGGAGAAGAUGGAGUGGGAGGCCGACUGCAAAUACAAGCCGGGUGCUGACUGCCAGGACAGGCCUUUGAAUCUGUCCCUUGGGGCGCUCCACGCCUCUCCUGCUCUCUCUCUGAGCAAGUGUCUCAUCCCUACCAUCGCCUGCCCCUUUUGUACCUUUAAGACUUUUUACCCGGAAGUUCUGCUGAUGCACCAGAGACUGGAGCACAGGUACAAUCCCGACACUCACAAGAGCUGCAGCAGCAAGUCUGUGCUGAGGAGCAGGCGGACGGGAUGUCCUCCUGCCUUGCUAGGCAAAGAUGUGCCUCCCUUGUCCGGCCUGCACAAGCCCAAGACUAAGCUUGCCUUCUCAUCACAGGCCAAGUCCUUGUUCCUGGAGAAGGCCCGGCAGGGCACCUCCGGGCCAAGCAAAGCUCCCCAGACAUCAGGGCCAGACAACAGCACUUUAGCCCCGAGUAACCUGAAGUCACACAGAUCACAGCCCAGUGCCGGGGGUCCCGGGGCCACCAGACCGCAGCAGGCAGAGCUGUUGCCCAAAGGUGGUGUCUCUGCUGCUACGGAUAAAGUGAAAAGACCCGAGCUGAAGCAUAAGACCCUGCCAGCUGCCCAGUCUCAGUCCCCCCUCGGCUGUAGUAACGGCAGUGGUUCCAUCGAGUACCCCAUGAAGGCUGACGGCCCGUGGGGGCCGCCAGGGAGAGACUCCUACUGCCGUCGGAAUGCUGGCAGCGCCACAGCCGAGUUCUGUGAGCCGCUUCCCAAAAGACUCAAGUCCAGCGUGGUGGCCCUGGACCCAGAACAUCCUGGACCCAACGGCAGAAGGAGCUUCGAGCUACCCAAGUACCAUGUGGUCAGGAGCAUCACCUCGCUGUUACCAGAGUGUGUGUGCCCAUCGCCUGUGAUGGCCCCGAAAGCCCGUUUCCUGAGCCCUGGGGAGGUGGAGUCCCCCAGUGUGUUGACUGUGCAGAAGCCCUACAACGCCUCCGGACCUCUGUACACCUGUGGACCUGUGGGACACACAGGAGCCAGCCCAGCCCUUGAAGGAAAGAGGCCUGUGUCCUAUCAGCACCUGUCCAGCAGCAUGCUGCAGAAGAGAGGCCAUGAGAACUGUACUGGAAAUACACAUUAUCGACCAAAUGACAAAAAAACUUGAUUUCUGAUGGUUUUGGGGGGAAAAGGUCUUGCUGGAUGCAAGUACACACUUUCCACGGAAUCACACUUUGGUUCAUCUUCUGAGAGCACGUGAUGAGAGCUACUGAACAAGCUGUGACUGUAUUGUACAUAGACUCGCAGAGCAGAGAAGAACACUACAUUCUCCUAAGUUCUAUUAACUUUUGUACCAAAUAGCAAUAAAAACUAGUGGGAGCAGUUGGGCUGUACACGAAUGGGGACUGCAAAUCUAUUUUGUCCCUAAAUAUUUUUUUAAAUAAUUGACCAAAUAAGUUUUUGCAUACUUGAGCGCUGCUGAAAAGAAAUCAUUUGGGGUGGGGUGGGGUGGGGUGGGGUGGGGUGGGGACUGUUGUAAGGCUCGCACCUCAGGUAAAUGUAAAUACCUACGUUGUAAACUUGCUGAAGUACUGUGUGUAUUUCUUUUCCUCAUGGAGCUCAGUGACUUGAGCAGUUUCUGCUUCUUUAUGCUUUCUCAUUUAAAGUGUGUUUUAAAGCAAAUCCUCCCUGUCCUGUAUUAUGUUGAGUCCUCCACAGUCUAUUGUUUGUCCUCACACAAUUGCUGAUGGAAGUGUUGGCACUCUGAGGAUGGCUGUGCAUCUCGAGUCAGCAGGACUGAACCUGGCACCUUUAGUCAGCUGUUAGCAGGUAGUCAGUGAGGAAGAUAAAACAUUGUCUUCCUGUGGACAGGUUGUCCUGGAACCCCAGCAUCCUGCCCUGGGGUGGUCUAUGAUGCUUCUGAGCAAACGUGCCUACAGAGACGCCAUCGCUCUGUAGGGUGGCAGAGCCAGGCUCCAUGGGGGCCAUCUCAGUUCUUCAUUUCUGUUGUGAGAGUCAGUUUCUUGGAGAGUUGUCUGGGUUAAGUCUAGACAAAUAUGCCAAAUUUCCUUGUGUGAAUUGUAUGCUGGGAAGCAAUUUUAAAGGGAGUGAAAGGUUUGGGGAGAUUUUUAGUUUGUGUCUGGAGUCUUGGUGUGUCUGGUGUGAAUUGUGAACACCUUGAGUGCUGACUGAGCCUCCUGGCAGGCAGGGAGAGAAGAGCUGCUGUAGUGCCCUCGUCUCCUUUUCUUUGUUUCUCGGCCAGGGUGAUGUCCUCAGUGCACAGGCAGCUUGGGCUUGAGGGAAGACAGCCACCAGCUGGCUUGCUGGACGUUUUAAACUUGAGUUCCUUUGAUGCCUUGAGUUUCUCCAACAGUUUUUGGGUUUAGCAAACCCAAAGUAUUUUAUUAAGAAACUGUUUCAAAGGUGAAUUUGCACUGCUCCCUUUCCUUACCCCUCCCCCUCGGUAGGACAGAAGGGUGAAGAGCUCAAAGAACCCCGGCUCUUCCCACUCUGAUUAUGUGACAUGGGGGUCCUUGGGAGGCCUGUGGACGGUCCCUAAGGGAGACUAGACCUCCUGUGUUGAAGGGAGACCCGGGUUGAGAUGUGUCUGCUCUUGCAGAAAGUGCUUUUGUAUCAAGAACAUGUACACUAGGCCCUGUUCCCGUCCACAAGCUGAGCCAUAUGUACAUAAUCUAGACUGUUUUCUUAGGUUCUGCACUUUUAUAGCCUAUUUUUGAAGAUUAACACAUUUGCAAGAUGAUUGACUCAAUCUUUGCCUAAAUCCAGCGAGUAUCCAGGAAGCUCGCAGAGAUGAUAAAUGUAAAUCUUGAGGGGGGAGGUUAUAUACAAUGGGGGGCAAAAAUAAACCUGUAUUAAAAAAAAAAAUCACCAAAUCUAUUAGAAAACAAGUCAAUGUGUGUAAUGCUGAAAUUUUGGGGGCUUUCAGAUUUCUCUAGUUAUAUUUUCUGAAUGCAUAAAAAUUCCAGGUUUUGUUUGUUUGUUUAUAAACAGCCCGUGUACUUCACAGUGUGUUCUUAUCAGUAUUAACUCUCGGGAUACUACUGGCUUCCUCCUGUGUCUUUCCUUUGCGGCAACAGUACAUGUGGUAGAGGUACAAUUCGUUGGAUUUUUGUUAAUGUAUUUAUUUCAUUCCGGUUUGAUUUAUUUUAAUUGUUGAUACUUAAGUUGUCAGACCGUAGACAUGCUUUAUUUAUGAUAUAUUUCAGCUUAAAGUUAUGUUAUUAUAUGUGGAUGUAAAUAUAGAUUUGGUGUUUUACA